AUGGUGAACUGGCAGGGACCCCCAGAGGGUUGGGUGUGUUUGAAUACGGAUGGAGCUGUGAAUUUGAGCGAGGGCACAGCUGCGGCGGGGGGCAUUCUCCGGAGACAUGAUGGCAGGUUUAUCAGAGCGUUUGCGGCAAACCUGGGUGGUGGAUCAAUAACUCAUGCUGAGCUCACGGGUAUUGUCCAUGGUUUGAGGUUAGCGUGGGACAGUGGUGCCCGGAAGAUCGAGAUUCAGACGGACUCAGUGACUGCGGUUCACCUGAUUCAGUCGGGGGUAGACAUGCACCCACACCAUGCGUUAAUAGCUGAAGCUCGGCGGUUGAUAGAGCUGGAUUGGGAAGUUAAGGUUAAGCAUGUAUUCCGCGAAAGCAAUUUCACAGCGGAUUAUUUGGCAAGUCUUGGGCAAUCUCUUCAGAUAGGAGUGCAGGUUAUCGAUAAUCCGAGUCCGACUUUAAACUACUGGAUGUUUUUUGAUGUAAUGGGGGUCCAAACCCCUCGUUUAGUUAAUGUUUAA